CCCGCGAUCAUACCUUAGGUAAUUAAAUAAUUACCUGUUGGCCCCCAACCACCCCUUGUAAAGCCAAACCCCCUGUUCUACCUCUUUUCAAAAUGGAGGCUCGACUAGUAGAGCUGAAGACAUGCAUGGCAGCGUAUUGCGCGCGUAUAAACAAUUCCCAUAUUAGCGGCUGACGAGCCGAUCUUACGAUGAAUAAAAUGAAAUUUCCGUUCCAUAUUCACAAUUCAAUUUCCUAAAUGAGUGUGCGAACGCCUUCGAACCGAAUUCAGAAACCCCUCAAAAUACUUAGUUGAUCGCCUGGGUUGAUUUGUUGGCGAUGGCUCCCACUCUUCCCUUCAGGACUCGCGUGAUAGAAGAAAGACCGAAUUUCAGCGAUUUACUCCCGGCAUCACAGCGCAUUGGCGAUAAUAUUUUCAUUCCUCGACUGGAGCCAGCCUUCCUCGCGAAAGAACUCUAUGUAGACAAGUUAAACAAUGUCCAAGAUUGGCUCUGGGUAUGCGGUCGCCCGAUGCCCCCUCGACAUUUACGUCUAUAACCACCAAGUCCUAAUGUCAAGAGAGAUCGCCAUCACCGAACUCCCAGAACUCCAUCUCGUAUGGUCAAAGAAUCGCAUCUUUCUAAAACCAAUCCCGUUAUACCUACUCGACCCAGAUUUCUGGAUGGCCCACAUCAUCCACGAUCUCAAACUAGCUGAUUGCGCGCGGGGCUUCCUCUUCUCCUACACGGCACUCAUUGCAUACGAGAGCGACUUCCGCCUAGCGAAGACCAGUGGACUGCUGCCUAAGGAAGUUACUUGGGAAGAUUGGAAGAAUCUUAGUACGGAAAUAUUGCAGAAUCACGAGUAUGCGUCUGUCAAUCAAAGAUACUGGUACGGCGAGCUUCGUUUGAGCCGACUGAACAAGAUAUAUCGGCUGCGGAAGGGGGCUAUGCGCGGCUAUUCCUCAGUUUCCUCUUACGCUUUUUACGCCGAUUUAAUCAGCGACAACUUUGCCACCCUAGCCACGAUACUCGGUUAUGUGGUCAUAGUGUUGACGGCGAUGCAAGUCGGUCUUGGGGUAGAAAGACUACAAGAAGACGAGUCAUUCCAGAACGUAAGCUACGGAUUCACGGUAUUUUCGAUCAUCGCGCCGUUGGCAGCUGGUAUCGGCAUUCUGUUUGUUGUUCUGAUUAUGUUUCUUAACAAUUACAUUGCCACGAGGAAUUACGAGCGGGACAGGUUUCGGGAAAUUGGCGUUGAGCCGUUUUGGAGACGGGACUCUGCAAAGCAUGCAACACCCUCGUCUGUUAAAAGAGAGUUGGCGAACCCGAAUCAACGAGAUGUAUGAUGUACGGUUAUGGAUAUUUAAUGAUAAUCAAUCCCAAGCUGGGAUGCCUACAUGUUUGCUUAUCAUAACUACCACUCUUAAGACAACAAACGCAAACUUGGUUAUAUUAAAGACGUCCGAGUUUAAUUAAGCCAUAUGUCGAGAAUGGUAUUCCCUAUUCAGAGCAGUCCUUAA